GCUACUGUGCUAACGUCGAAAGCAAUUCUCUCUCUCAGUUCAAUCAGAAAUUCUGGGUUAGUAUUUGCAAAUUCUCACGAAUCUCUCUCAGUCUUCAAUCAGAAAUUCUGGUUACAUGUCAUGACUGGAUUUGUAAUGGGGGAUCAUUUCAUGGAAGAUACUCCAAUGGGAGAAGGUUGUUCCCAGACUCUUAUUAAACUGACAAAGGAUAAAAGAAUUAUAAGUUGUGCAGCAUGUGUCAAUCCACCCAGUCAAAUGCCUGCAGUUUGGGACAUAACUUCCAUUGUCAGGAAAGACAAGGUCAGAUUUCUAUCUUCAUUGCCUGGUUUUUCUAUAACACCAGCCUGUGAAGAUUCCCAUCAGGAAAAAGAAUGGGGGCAGUUCUUGGAUUUCCUUCAGAAGCAUAACAGGGUUGCUAUAUCAAACUUCGGAUUGUUUGAACUCUACAUACUACCUCCUCUUGAAGGCUCAAAAUAUGACCUUGCAACUGUUCGAUUCAAAGGGAAAGCAUCAAAAACAUCUCCAG